AAGUUUCUUUGUUUUGCAGGACAGUUGAAGUGUACAGUGCUGUAGAUUUCGUACUCAUGGCAAUAAUACAGGUCCAUCAUAAACUUGUGAACUGUGUCACCUGGCAUCCUUAUGUUACCAUGGCUUCACCUAAUGGAUCACCGUACAAACAUCACCUUGCUCUUGGCUCUAAUGAAUCAUACAUCUAUAUAGUUGAUCUAUCAAAUUUGUUUGAGCAUGCAGAGAAAAGGGAACCUUUACAGAUUACUGAAUGUUGGAGAAGAUUAGAUGGUCAUUCAAGCAGGGUUACUGGCCUGGCCUGGAGUCCUCAUGUUGAUGGUGCCCUUGUAUCAGUAUCAUAUGAUGGAAAUGCUCUG